AUGAGCAAAUUCGUAAGAAAUGGACCAAUUGUCUCUCUGAUGCCCCUCAACUCUACUAAACACUUUCCCCAGCAUAUAUCCACCUCCCGGUUGUUCUUCAGUACUAAAAUUAAGCUUUUGAUUUUCAAGUGCCGUUCCUCCAAGAAUGAAGAAUCAAAAGAAUCCCACUUGGGCUUCUCUGUGCUGGAGAGGGACAUUCAAUGUGAUAGGGGGACCAUAUUUAGCACAAUGGCAUUUUAUGUCUUCAGUUUGCAUGUCCCUCUAAGUUUCGGUGGGUUGGCCGCCGUUGCCAAUAUACUGCAUCGACCUGUACUUGAUCCACAAACUGUGGCAUCAUCAUUACUUGGACUAGAAAUCUCAGAGCUAUUAGUGGUUCUGCUACUGCUUAAAACUCUUGUGAAGCCCCAGUACAAUGUUCUCGACUUUUUCCAAACUGAUGGAAUAACUGCAGAUAGGAACUGGUUGCGAGCAUCAGUCAUUGGUUUCUUAUCUAUCAUUUGCUUGGUGUUUGCCACAUCAAUUGUGGCAGACCUUUUGCUGGGACCUGAGGAGGUAAACAAUCCAAUGUUACAGAAUCUUCUCUCAACAGGUCCAACCUCCGCCAUACCUUGUAUUCUAGUCUAUUGCGUCAUCACACCUUUUCUUGAAGAACUUGUGUAUAGAGGGUAUCUGCUGACAUCCCUUUCAGGCACUAUGAAGUGGCAUGAAGCAGUGCUCCUGAGUUCUGCAAUGUUUAGUGCAUCUCACUUCUCUCCUGAGAAUUUCUUGCAAUUGUUUAUUGUUGGCUGUGUCCUUGGGGACGUUUCAUUCAUUUGUGGGAGAGCUGGAGUUUGUGCCCUUGGUGCCGUUGUGGCGUACUCAAUGGGAGACAGUGACCUGAUGGAUUCCUAUGUGAUCAAAUUGAAACAGAUUAAACUGCCAGAGGAUCUGUCUGAUGGACGUUUGAACGGUAGAGCUGGUUACCUGUGGGCAUGUCUCUUCAUCAACACACAUUUAGGCAAAGAAACCAUUUCCUCUGUCCAAUUGGUAAGGUUGGGAAGAAAGGGUGGAAGUCGAUUAAUGUUCCAGUGGAAUGGCAAGAAUCACUGGGGUGCUGCUCAUGGAUUGGCUGGAAUCAUGCAUGUCUUGAUGCACUUCAAUCUGAAGGAAAAUCAGCGAAAGGAGGUCAAGAAAACACUUUUUCACAUGAUAAAGAACCGCCUUCCCAGUGGAAACUACCCUCCAUGUAAAGAAGAUAAGAGUGACUUGCUUGUGCAUUGGUGUCAUGGAGCCCCUGGAAUUGCACUCACUCUUGUCAAGGCUGCCGACACUACAACAAAAAUGGGCUAUUAAUACCUUUAUGGUGGGACACUUUUCCUAAAAUGUGUCUUAUUAUAUGUGUAUUAGGACAUUUGCUAAAAAGUGUUUUAUUGAAAAUGAAAAAGUGUAUUCAUAUUAUGACACACUAUCAUAAGUGUACUAUUUAGGGUUGCUUGUGAACUAUUACCUUACUUAAUGGGUCACUUUAAAGUGUCUUAAUGAGUGACAAUCUAAUAAUACACUUUCAAAUAUUUUAUGACUUAUUGUGACUCGAUUAU